UUCGGCGGCUCCAUGUUCCUGCGUCUAUCUUCGAGAGACUCUUGCCAAAAAGUUACGCUUAUGAUACAAACGACCCUACCAUGAAAUGGACCUGAGUAGUCUAUCCUCCAACUGGAAGAAAUUACAGGCCUCUCUCCAAACGACCGAGAAGAGUCGAGACACUCCGAAAGCUGUGACCCAACAUGGAGUGAAACGAAAGCGCCAACAACCACCUACCUCCUCCAAGCCACCUGCGCAGGUCUCGAACCAAACAAAAAAACCACAAUUUGGGAAGACAAUGGCGCAGGAGGGACAUUCUUCAAUUAAAGAGUUGGAAAUCAAAAAUGGGAUUCCCCUUCCUAGACUACCAGAUCGUGCAACCGCUGAGAGUGUGAAUGCUGGGCUUUCUCCUUCGGUGGAAGUGGGAAAGUAUGUUGCCAUUGACUGCGAGAUGGUUGGCGUAGGUCCAAACCCAGGGAGACAAUCCGCGCUGGCUCGUGUGAGCAUUGUGAACUACAAUGGUGAUCAAGUCUAUGAUUCAUACGUCAUUCCCGUGGAAACUGUUACAGACUGGAGAACACAUGUUAGCGGGAUUGCUCCUAAGCACAUGAAGCAUGCACGUCCGCUCGCCGAAGUUAGAGCAGAUGUGGAACGAAUCCUCAAGGAUCGCAUCAUCGUCGGACAUGCCAUUCGACACGACCUGGAGGCUCUAAUGUUAACUCACCCGAAACGAGAUAUCCGCGACACGGCUCGUCACCUGCCAUAUCGGAAGCUAGCCGGUGGUGGCUCUCCACGACUGAAGAUACUUGCAUCAGAGCUGCUUGGCUGUACUAUUCAAGAGGGCGAACAUUCCAGUAUCGAGGAUGCUCGGGCAACCAUGCUCCUUUUCCGAAGAGACAAGGCUGCUUUUGACCGGGAACAUGCAAAAAAGUGGCCCGCUCGGCCUGUCGCCGAAUCGCAAGAGUCUCCCAAUGGCUCGGAAAAGCCUCGCAAGCCCACCAAAAAGAAGAAAAAGAAACGAUGAUCAGCGACACGCCAAAAAGUGACUGUGUACAUUAUUGCAGACCUGUCUGCUGGAAGAGGUCACAAAACAAUCUGACUAUUUGCCUAGGGGGCACCAUUAUCAUUCCCCAACUCCUCGCGAGUUGUUCCGCCAAACGAUAGUGACUCGGGACUAGGCGUGGCAGUCAGUUACAUCCCAGCAUCCUCAACUGUGUCGAACCUUGGCCCUGGCAAGCAUUCUCUGAGCAAGAGGGAUGAGCGUAUCUUUCGCCUUGGGGCUGGACUGGCAGAGAGGGGAGGGAUGCGACUGUUCUAGGAGUUUUUGUCUGCUUAUGGCGCUAUUUGCCGGCGCUUCUGAUACCCCACGCUUCUGACGCAUUUUGUAUGAAUAAAUUCCUAAUGUGAUCUUUGAUUCUGCAGUAGGCGUUUCUU